UCGUUGUCGGUCAGUGGUUUUUCCCAUCGCAAAUGAACCUUUUUCAAAAAUUCUUAUAUUUCGUUCAUUUUUUUCACAUCUAUUCCCCUUUCUCGUAAGAUUAUAAUGCAGCACGACGAGGUAAUAUGGUCAGUCAUCAACCAUGGGUUUUGUUCAUUUAAAGUCAAGACAGACACAAAUAAUUUCUGUAGAAAUGAAUACAAUGUCACAGGAUUGUGUAACAGACAAUCAUGCCCACUAGCAAACAGCAGAUACGCAACUAUCCGUGAAGAAAAUGGGGUCUGUUAUCUCUUCAUGAAGACGAUUGAAAGAGCACAUUCACCAGCUAAAAUGUGGGAGAAAAUCAAACUAAAUAAGAACUAUGAAAAAGCACUUGAACAGAUCGAUACAAACCUUGUAUACUGGCCAAAUUUUAUGAUACACAAGUGCAAACAAAGGUUCACUAAAAUUACACAGUAUUUGAUCAGGAUGAGAAAACUUCAAUUGAAAACAAAACCUAAACUAGUCACAAUAAAUAAGAAGGUUGAAAGACGAGAGAAAAAAAGAGAGUCCAAAGCAUUGGUAGCAGCACAGUUGGAUAAAUCUAUUGAGAAAGAGCUUUUGGAACGACUAAAGAAAGGAACGUACGGUGAUAUCUAUAACUUCCCAAGUACAGCAUUUGAAAAAGUUAUGGAUGAUCAGGAGUUGGAGGAAGUGGACGAUGAAGACGAGGAGGAAGAAACUGAGGAACAAGAGGUUGAAUAUGUGGCAGAUGAAGAUUUUGAAGAGAGUGAUUUGAGUGAUAUUGAAGACUUUGGAGAAGAGGAAAGUGAUGAAGAAGAGAAAGAUGUUGAGACACUAAAAUCCAGAACAUUUGGCAAGAAAGCGAAAGUUGAAAUUGAGUACGAGAUAGAGGAGGAACCAAGGAAGAGAUUAAAAACAACAUGAUGGCUUUAUAGACAAAUUGUUUCUCAGCUGGAGAUUGAAAUUUCACAGCUCCUGGUGUUUUCUUGAUCAUAUUGAGUGUCUCAGUAACUUGGAUGGUCUUCUUGUGGUUCUUUCCAAGGACU